CGGCCCACACCCGUGCUCGCUCGAUCCACAGAAAACGCAGCGCUAGGUUUCUCCCUCCUCUCACGCGCCCGCGAGCUCCCACUCCACCGGCCGCCGCCCGCCGCCGACGCCGGUCUCCGUCGCCUCCCUCUACCCCGAGCUGCUCCGCCCCGAACGACUACGCUCUUCUUCCCUGCUUCUCGGGAGGAAAUACUGUGUGAGCCAAGAGCUCAAAGAUGAACAAGGGGAAGAUUUUUAAGUUAGCCAAGGGAUUCCGAGGAAGGGCUAAAAACUGCAUAAGAAUCGCCAGGGAGCGUGUAGAAAAAGCAUUGCAAUAUUCUUACAGGGAUCGGCGCAACAAGAAAAGGGACAUGCGGUCUCUCUGGAUCGAGCGCAUCAAUGCUGGUACACGACUCCAUGGGGUGAACUAUGGCAACUUCAUGCAUGGACUGAUGAAGGAGAAUGUCCAACUCAACAGGAAGGUACUUUCGGAGCUGUCGAUGCAUGAGCCAUACAGCUUCAAGGCCCUCGUUGAUGUAUCCCGCACUGCAUUCCCUGGGAACAGGCCGGCUGCCAAGAAGGAAGGACUAGCAAGCAUUCUAUAAACAAUUCAUUCCUCGACAAUUCAGUCUACUGUGAUGAACUCAUGUGAUGGGGUUAUGUAUCACAUCACGUUUUAGUCUAUGUCAUUCGGUCUGUUGGCCUGUUGAACAGAGGGUACAUGUACUGUACUUUUGCACUUCUUUCUUCAGAUAAUGUGCUCUGUUUACCGUCAAUAAAUCCAGUAGAGCAGAAAGGUUUUAAACCAUGUAAAAAAAGAUGUGGUUAUUUUGGGCAGAAAGUUUUUCUAGCUUUCAUCUGAAGUCAUGCAGUAGUCCUUAUGAAGACAUGCUGAAUAGGCAGCACCAUCUUGUUAUCGAGAACAGGCCAUCCUUGAAUACCCACUGCGUGUUGAUUUGUGUUGCACAUUCCCUGGCCCUUCUCGCUGGCAGUAUUUCAUGCAUUGCUC